AUGGAGGAGCAGGGAGUUCAGUGCGCUCCGCCGCCUCCUGCCGCCUCCCAGACAGGGGUACCUCUUGUCAACCUCUCCCACAACUGCAGCGCAGACAGCUACAUUUACCAGGACUCCAUCGCCAUGCCCUGGAAAGUCCUGCUGGUUGCUCUGCUGGCUCUCAUCACCUUGGCCACCACGCUCUCCAACGCCUUUGUGAUAGCCACGGUGUAUCGGACCCGGAAGCUGCACACCCCAGCUAAUUACCUGAUUGCCUCUCUGGCCGUCACUGACCUGCUCGUGUCCAUCCUGGUGAUGCCCAUCAGCACCAUGUACACGGUCACUGGACGCUGGACACUAGGCCAGGUGGUCUGUGACUUCUGGCUGUCGUCGGAUAUCACCUGUUGCACUGCUUCCAUUAUGCAUCUCUGUGUCAUCGCCCUGGAUCGCUACUGGGCCAUCACUGAUGCGGUAGAGUAUUCCGCUAAAAGGACUCCCAAAAGGGCGGCCAUCAUGAUAGCCCUGGUGUGGAUCUUCUCCAUCUCUAUUUCGCUGCCACCCUUCUUCUGGCGUCAAGCCAAAGCUGAGGAGGAGGUGCUGGACUGUUUUGUGAACACCGACCACGUCCUCUACACAGUCUACUCCACGGUGGGCGCUUUCUAUUUACCCACCCUGCUCCUCAUCGCCCUCUAUGGCCGCAUCUAUGUGGAAGCCCGCUCUCGGAUUUUGAAACAGACACCCAACAAGACCGGCAAGCGCUUGACACGAGCCCAGCUGAUAACAGACUCCCCUGGGUCCACGUCCUCGGUCACCUCCAUUAACUCCAGGGCUCCCGACGUGCCCAGUGAGUCUGGGUCUCCAGUGUACGUGAACCAAGUCAAAGUGAGAGUCUCCGACGCCCUGCUGGAAAAGAAGAAACUCAUGGCCGCUAGGGAGCGCAAAGCCACCAAGACCCUAGGGAUCAUUUUAGGAGCAUUUAUUGUGUGCUGGCUGCCCUUCUUCAUCAUCUCCCUGGUGAUGCCUAUCUGCAAGGAUGCCUGCUGGUUUCACAUGGCCAUCUUUGACUUCUUCAACUGGCUAGGCUAUCUUAACUCCCUCAUCAACCCCAUCAUCUAUACCAUGUCCAAUGAGGACUUCAAACAAGCAUUCCAUAAACUGAUACGCUUUAAGUGCACAGGUUGACUUGUCAAUGGCAGUGGGGUCGCCUAGGCGACCUUUGGGGACCAAGUUGGGUCUUUUGCAGGUAGGUCAAAUCUUCUUUCCCUGUUACUGGGUGGAAGCAAGGCUCUCUGUCCCGGGCAAGGGCAAUGGAUCCUGAGAAUCUGGGCAGCUCUGAGAGAGCACUCUGGAAGGUGAACUGCUCCAACUACUGCAAAGCUUCCAUGCUGAGGUUAGCCUCCUGUCCUCAAAGCCCGGGCUCAGCACAGAUCCUCCUGCAGCCAAUCACACAAAAGGUUGCAACUUUUUAACGUUGAUGAUGGAUGGGGGAUGCCCCGUUUUGUACCAUGGACAUUGCCCUCUAAGCCAGUGGCACUUGUAGGUGUUGUCUGAAGCUUAUCUGAGACAGAUCUACACACAGCCUGGCCGUACUUGAAUUAGACAAUUAAUACCCUGUGCUUUGGGGGGAACUUUGUGUUACAGCUUAAUUUUAGAACACUCACUUUGACAUCCUUCAGUCUUCAUUUGUUUAUUUAAGUGUGGUUGGAGAAACUUGUGGAUUUGGUGCUUCAAACACUAAAUGUGGCUUGGAUGG